CCCGAGCAGGAGACGCGGGGUGAGGGCCAAGGUCCGACGGGGCGGGCCAGUGUGCGUGCCGCGGUGGAAGGUAAAGGUGUGGUGCGCGCGGUGCUCCUGCAGAUUACACGCUCGUGAGCCAACAGGAGGAACAGCAGACGUGGUGGAUGCUUGGAUGAGGUCGUAAGAGAGAAAGAAAGAAAGAAGAAGAAGAAGAAGAAGAAGAAGAAGAAGAGACAGACAUUCACCUAUACACACAACAUCCAUACUCACUUCCAUCCACAUCUUCCUUUCCACACUAGAACAACAACCUUCCCCAACACCACCCUCGCGCCUUCCUCCUCUCCCACUUUACCUCCCCCUCGACCCAGCGGUAUCUCCCUUCCUCUGCCCAUCCCCACCAGCCCUCGAGAUGACCAUAAUGAGGGAAGAAGACCUGGAAAUCGCCAUCAAGGUGGUGAUCGUCGGGAACGGCGCCGUGGGCAAGUCGUCCAUGAUCCAGCGCUACUGCAAAGGCACGUUCACCAAGGACUACAAGAAAACCAUCGGCGUGGACUUCCUGGAGCGGCAGAUCACAACGGGCGGCGAGGAGGUGCGUCUCAUGCUCUGGGACACCGCGGGCCAAGAGGAGUUCGAUGCCAUCACCAAGGCGUACUACCGCGGGGCCCAGGCGUGCGUCGUGGCCUUCUCCACCACAGAUCGGGACUCCUUCUCCGCCGUCAGAAAGUGGAAGAAGAAGGUUGAGGACGAGUGUGGCAGCAUUCCCAUGGUGUUGGUGCAGAACAAGAUUGACCUCAUCGAUCAGGCCACCGUCAAACCGGACGAGGUGGAGUCCCUGGCACGGGAGCUGAGGAUGCGCCUGUACCGCACCUCGGUAAAGGAGGACCUCAACGUGGAGCAGGUGUUCAACUUCUUGGUGGAGCGGUACCUGGCCAUCAUCAGCCACCCCGACGACGUGUACAGCCCCAAGACCGUCGGCGAGAACAUCUUCGGUAACCCUGCCAAGCUGAAGAAGGGAGACACAAUCACCCUCAAUGGGAAGAAAAAGUCUAGUAAGAAGCAGCUAAUAAAAAAUGCUUGUAAAGUAAUAUAGAGUGUUAGACAUUAAAAAUGAGUUACACAAUUUGUAUAUUGGUAAGGCUUUUGACAGCUAGGAUGACUCUCAGGGUCCCAUAUUGAAUCUAUUUAAGGGCACACUAAUGAGGGUGUUGCAGGUCCUUUCAUGCCUGCCCCAAGCUGCCUUGUCCUGCUGGCCUCCUAAGGCUGGCCACAUGCUAGGCUCAUGGGUAGUUUAUUGUUUUUCUAAUGGCUACUGAGACACUUCUGGCUUCUCUGGUUAAUUGUUGUACACUGAAGGCACUGAUAGCUCUUCCGAUGUGUUGUGAUGUGGGGCCAUCGCAUUGAGGAAUGGUUGGGAGAAUGUCUGGCAUCUUUGGUGAAUAUUCGCAAGGGUGGAAUGAAGAGAGAGCUCUGCCACUGCCUUUGUUCCUGCCAAUCUGAAUCUGGAGAUCCCAAAUGGCCAAACAGAUCCAGGAUACAAAACAACAAAAGUGGCACUCUAUGAAUGUACAUCAUGGAGGAUAUUGACUAAGUAUUCGAACAUCACAAAUUUUGGAUUCUGGCACAAGAGGCGAGGGAACCACAAACAGUUACUUAACCUACUUACGGAUACAUGAAACCAAAUACAACUCUGAUAAGUACAAUCUUGAUAAAGCCAUCAUUGACCAGUUGACUGGGCAUACUUCAUACAAAAUAUCACAAGCAUAUCUGGAAGAUAGACAUCACAGUGCAAAAGGCUCUCUCACUUGCAUACCCUUAUAAAUUAUCAAAAACUUAAGCAUGUCAGAAAAUGAAGAAGACACUAAUAUCUGAAAUACAUAUAACUAACAUUAAUGCCGCACCCAAAGCGGAGUGUCAAGACCGCAAAACAUCAUAAACUGGAAACAGCAGAGGUAGUGAGUCUGUACAUGGCCUUAAGGGACACUAGUGAUGUUAUGAAGUAGCCUUUCCUAUCAUCUUAUCAUAGUUUAUUGCAUAUACGUACAGUAGACAUUUUUCAAUAUGAAUUUAUGUAUUUACAUUGAUAGAAUGUAUGGUAGAUCCCAUGGUAUAUUAAUUGUUGCAUAGGUAGACUUAAGGAUACAGGAUGACAUCAUAGUGGAGGGAAAAGCCAGAAUGGGGAAUUACAAUUGUUACACAAACAUUUGCUCAAGAUAAAUGAGCACUUUCUUGGGUCCAUCAAGUGAAGUCAAUGCAUUCAGUUUAAUUAAGCUGCAUAUUAAAGAAAAUGUACUUCCAAGUCAGUGCAUGCUGCUCUUUUUAUGUAAAUUGGUUCUGUAUACUUGAAAACUUCAGUAUAUUGAUAAUGUUUACUAAACAUUUGAUUGAAGACUUGAAACUUGCUAACAUCUUUGUUUCAAAGCUUUAUCAUAUAACCUUUUGUUGGUAAACAUAACGUCUGAAAGCUGAGAUGAAUAUUUACAGAUCUGUUAUGUAGACCACACUCUUUUGUGGACACUGAUGGCUGCUUACAUCACUAUAAACUGUCAACUUUCCAUUGUGCAUAUAUUAAUGGUUACACCUAGAUACAAUCAGCUCAUUUAGAAUGACUUGCACAUUCUGAAAUUUUUAAGAAUUUUGAUAUCCUAAACAAAUGAAAACUCCUGUCCACAUUGACUCUACUCAGGAAAUUGCCAGCAUCCAGUUUCUUGAAGGAGACAAUUAAAGCAGUUUCAGGAGUUGGAGAACUGUCAUUCUGUUGUUUCCCCAUUCUUUGCACUGCAGACAUUUAAUCUACACUCAGUUAUGGUAAUUCCAAAGUUGUUGGUACUUACACUGAAUUCUUUUAGAAUUGUCAAGGAGAGGAUAGAGCAGCUUGCAGAGUGAAUAAUAUAAUAUGCAGCUCCCCACACUGACUCACCAUCAAAGGCAAUGCUUGUUGGCUGAGCAGCAAACAUGAGAAUCAUUCAAACAGAUUGAGGAGUUACAGUUUAGACUAAUCUUUCAAGGUUUACUAUAAAGUAAUGAGUGAGACGUGUCAAGUCAUGCCACUUAUUGACUUAUGGAAAACUCCUGUUGGCCUGUGAUUCAAUGUCUUGCUAGUUAGCCUUACUUUUUCAGUGUUGUGGAAGGCGUAGCUUUUCUGAACUACUAAGAAACAAUCACUUUUGUAAUGAAAAGUAUCUUCUGUGGUUUGCCUCAGUCCUUCAGAAUCGACUUCUCAUUCCCUUGAUUUCAAAGCCUUCUCCAACAUGCAUCUUAGUGCUCGGUUAUGAGCUAACAGUUACAGGUAUGCCCCUGAUUCACCACUGUAUGACCUGGCACCUUCUUUCUUUAGUUCAGACAAAUUACAAGAUGGAGCUUGAAAUUUCUGUGACUGCCAAACUAGCUUACUGGGCGUAGCACUCGUCCACUUGCUUUGAUUGCAUUCAUAGCACAGCCUGGUAAAGGUGCCUUAAUUUUGUGAGAUUUUUAACUUAUUUCUCACAUUUAAUACCUGUGGCAGCAGUGCUCACAGCAAGAUAGAGAACAAAAAGACUUGCAAGUGGCUAGCCAGCUCUGCAUAAACAUAAAUGGCUUUAAAAAGAUCAGAUAUUUGGGGCAACGGCUCUUGACGAACUAUUACUAUGUGACCUCAGCAUAUCCGGCAGAAUGGUUAAUCAGGCAAGGCUUUGGAAGCAAGGGAGACGGUUGAUUGGUGGUGUACCUGUGCUUUGUAAAUAAGUCAAAACAGUUAGUCACUAACUUGUAAGCAACUUGAGCUUAAGGUUUUACUAAUGUCUUUGUAACUGUAUAUGAUAUUAAUUGUCUUUAACAUGUAUACAUUUGUUGAAGUUCUGUUACAAUGCUUGUGCCUUUUUCAUGCUGUGGCAUAUUUUUCAAUAAUCUGUGCAGAUAGUGUAGCUUAGCGUGUGUGAAAAAAUAUGGAUUGAGAAAUGCUCUGAGCAUGAUUAGAGAUACUGUGUUUGGCACAUUGCAGUUAUGACAAGCCAUCAAACCUUAAACACACCACUCACAAACAUGCCCGGUAUGGGUCACAACAAUGUCAGAUUUUGACUCAAGGUGCAAGUGAACAAAAGGAAAAGGUAGGAAAUUUUUCAUAAGCUUUUCUCAUGAUCUUGCCAUGUAGAUGAAAGUAUGUUGUAUACCAGAAUUAUAUCUUACCAUUUAUAGAGGUUUGUAGGUACUGUAGGGUCCUUACAAAGCAUUUAUAAUCAUUAAACUUGUCAAGAUAUUGGAAUGUAAUGGUAAAAGGUUGUACACAAUCUGUCUGAUAAUCCUUUGGUAUUUAGAUCUUUCUUGAUUCUGUGUGGACUGGAGGUGGUUGUCACUGCAUCAGUUACUUAAAAAUCAAAGAUAAAGAAGUAUAAAAUUCUUAGAUUUUGUAAUUGUCACAAAUUGCAGCAACUCCCAGUGAUUGUUGAUUUUCUUUAUAGAAAGAAAAAUGUGAAUCAUUUGUGUCUGUGAUGUUUGUUGAGUGUUGAGGUCCUGGUCAACCAUUUAAUUUCCUGUGUGAUGAGUUUGUUAAUAUUAGACUAGUGUACAUGUGUAGCACUCUGAAUGACUGGCACUCAUGCCUAUAGAGAUAAGCAUCUUAUGUAUUGGAUGACAACGUAGGGGACCAACAGUGAGCAGUGAACUGUGAACAUUAA